AUGCGCUUAUGCGCCAUCGUUCGAAUACUAAGAAGCUGCCUUCGAAACACGCUAUGUCUCGUGGACUUCGCAGCGGUGACCGCCACUCUGCUUCGGGCCGCCCGUCGAGUCCCUCUCACGACGCUGAAGUUCAUCGCCUUCACCGCCGUUUUCUUCGUCGUGGUCACGGUUGCCCUGGCCUCGCUCCUGCUGGCCGUGAUGAGCGCACCGCGUAUCGCCGAAAAAAACCUGGGCUGGCGACCUCUGUACAAAAUCCAGGCUCUCACCGCAAGGAUCAACAUGCUAACCGGGUUUCUGCAGAACCACACCACACUCGUGUGCACCGUGGGCACCGGCGUCAUCGUCCGAAGGAAGGCCUACCCUCCCGACGGCGUCUGCCACUACACCGUGUUCACCCACGUCGCGUACGACCAGCGGGCCGACGAUUUCAAAGCACUCGGCGCAGCGUCGACGUCGCAGGUGGCUACGAGCUGGCGAACCUUCCUCAGGGAGGCGUCCGGUUGUAGACGGACGCGCCUGCUACCGUCGUACGGCGACUGGGAGGAGUUCGUGGGCGCACUCGAGCCGUCUCGGGCGCGCCGUCUCAACGCCAGCCUCGUCCGCCACCGUCUACACGGUCUGGCACUGUUACACGUCCGCGUGCGGCCGUCGCAGCUUGCGGUCGUGGCGGGAGCCUUGAGGUUGCUGGCGGAGCAAAACCCCGGCAUGUUCAUCGCCCUCGGCAUUAGUUUCGAAGGCGUUAACGACGCGAACGCCUUGCGCGCGUUCCCUCCGGGCGUGUUGGACAGAGCCGUGACGCCACUGUCCCUUCUGGUACUGGAGACGCACGUGCCACCGCCGGACCACAGAGGUCGCUGCCGCGCAAGCCUCCCAUCGAUAAGAGAUGUGGACGAAUUCGAGGGCAACGUACGGCUAUCGCUCAGCGGCGCCGUUAGGAUCCUCGGCCAGCAUCCGGAGCUGCGACACGUGGUUGGUACGCCUGCGCUGGCCGGCUGUUUCUCGGUCUUCCUCGGCGCACUCGUCUUCAACACGAGCGGCCAGGAAGCGAAGCUUGGCGCGGUCUGUACGUCUUGGUCCGCCGACAAAAUUAGCGAGGUCUGCGAGCACCCGAGCGUACGUUUGGACGAGCGGGCGGUCGCGGCGUACGGCCAAGACGGACGGCGCUUCUUCAGCUUCGAGAGCGUGCGCCUGGUGGUGCCCAAGCUGACCGACCUCUUGAACGGCACGCUCCAGAGAGACCGCGCUCCCUGCCUGGCGCUCUACAACAUGGAGCUGAACUGUGGCGUCUGUUCGCAGUGCAUUUCCGAGCGCUACCCGAACAUCAUCGGCGUGGUGCACGACCUUCUCUCCCGCCAUCUGCGCUCCUUCGACGACGACGAGCGGGCCCCCAGGAGUACUUGGGAGCGAUUGCUUUCUUUCGUUAGUCGUCGCGAUUGA